AGGAUAUGCCAGCGGUGAACGUGAAACAAAUGAAGGGCAAGAACCACGGACGGGACGCCGAGAGCCAGCCAAGGAAAGCAUAGAAGUUCUUCACAAACGGCAGAAUUUAAUCACUUCGAACUUCGGGUAUGGAACUUAUCCGACAGGCUGAUUAUAGAUGUAGCACAAAUUCUACGAAAUAAGGUCACUUUGUUGGCUAAUGGCUGGAAAUGCAACAUUUAUACUAGAAAUUGCGGCUAAGAUGCUGAUCUUAUCGAAAUAAUUUUAUGAAGUGAUUUGUCACGAAGUCAUGCGCCGUUUCUAUUGAGAUGAGUCAUUCAAGUUUCGAUAGGAAAUCAAAUGACACCGCAUGAGGCUGCUACCACAUCUCAGACCAAAUCUAGUGUUUACAUCUGGAUAAGUCUGCGGAGAUCCCAACUACAUUUGCUGCGUCUAACCAGCCGAGAGGGACACGGUUUUUCCUGUCUUUUGCAGAUUUUGUAUCUCUUUGUAUCACGAUUGAGGUCCAUGAUUUCCUGUCGUGACGGUGUCGUUAAGUCACGAAUAAAUGCAGAUUCAUGA